CCGCCGAUCUGAUCUAACCAAACUUUUGCGGCGUGACGUUAGUGACGUGAGAGAACUGAAAAAUCGCGAGGAAAGUCAACAACGUACAUCAGGCACUGAUAAACUUUUGCAGCUCUUGUCACAAUCUAUGUAUAUAGUAAUAACACACAUUUAAAUAUAUUGAUAAAAAUGCCACGGGAUAUAAGAUCUUAUUUUACACCAGUUGCUUCUCAGAAAAAGAAUAGUGAUCCUGAAAACGUUAUUAAAAAGCGACGUAUAAUUUCAUCUGACGAAGAUGAAGAAAUACCAAAAACUCCCACAAAACGUUCCAAGAUUGCUCGAAAGACCAAGAAAACUUCUGUCUUAUUAGAUUCUGAGGAUGAGGAGGUUGUUGUGGAAUAUGAUAAGAAAAAUUCUAAACAGUCCAAAGCAAGUAAGAAAAAUGAGAAUGAAAAAUCACGCAUAGCUAUAUCUCCUGGUGAUUUGUUCAAGAAAAAACCAAUAACAAGAAUAGAGGAAUCAAAGAAAACAUUACAGCAAAUUGAAUCUGAAUUUCAUGAUGACAGCGAUUUUGAUGCUGUGCUGAAACAGUUGGAUACAUCACCAGCUAAAAUGACAUAUAAUGAUUCAAAGAAGAAAAAAGAUAAUAAUACUGAAAAUAAAAAUGUUCCUAAAAAUCUCAAUUUAUCAAUUGAAACAGAAGAAGGGUGUAAGAAUGAAAAACAAAAUGAUGACGAGCUAAAAACUUCUCAUAACGCAAAUAAGACCACCAAAACUAAACAGACUAAAAAAUCGGUCGGUAAAACUAGUAACGCAAAAGAUAUUGAAAGUUCCCCUAAAAAGCGAAAAUUGCAAUCGGAAAAGAAAAAUAGUUCCAGCCCCAAUAAAGAUUUUGAUACGUGUAAUCAUAAAUUGAAAAAAUCAAAAUUGAAUAUCUCAACAUCCGACUCUGCAACAGAUGACAAAGAGGCAAAGAAAACAUCAGGCAAGAACGCAACAGUGGAUUUGAUUGAAGAAAAAAUAAAGAAAAAGAAAAAUCAUUCUCUUAUGUACGAGAAAUAUCUUCAGAGAGGCGGCGCUAGGAAUCCUGGAUCAAAACAGAUUCCUACGGGCGCUAAAAAUUGUCUAGCCGGUGUGAGUUUCGUAAUUACUGGUGUCUUAGAUUCUUUGGAAAGAACUGACGCUGAAGAUCUGAUACGUCAAUAUGGCGGUCGUACCGUGAACUGCGUAUCAAAAAAAAUUAAUUUUAUUAUUGUAGGAGAUGAGCCUGGCCCAGCCAAGUUGGAAAAGGCUGAUAAUUUAGGUAUUAAACGAAUAUCCGAAGACGAUCUUAUCGAGAUGAUUCGCACCAGACCGGAAGGUAAAACUGAAGAUAUUAAGCCAACUGCGACGAGAGCUAAGCCAAAAUCCAAAAACCUAUCAAAAGAAUCUGAGAUAAUGAUUUCUCCAACAAAGACAAUAACCGAAGACGUUAAGAUGUUAUCACCGAAGCAGAUUGCUUUGGAUACAAGCACUAAAUCAACACACACACUUCACAGCAGUUUCGAAUCGCAACCGUUAGUCGAAAAAUAUAGACCCAAGACUAUGAAGCAAAUUGUAGGUCAGCAAGGAGAUAGAAGCUGCGCGCAUAACUUGUAUGUGUGGUUACGUGAUUGGCACAAGAAUCGUCAAGAUCCAAAAAUCAAAGAUGCCAAGCAAACUAACGGGCAAAUCUACAAAGCUGCCUUGCUGUCUGGUGCGCCAGGCAUAGGUAAAACGACAACUGCGCAAGUUGUAUGUAAAGAAUUGGGAUACGACCUUGUAGAGUUCAAUGCUUCCGACACGAGAAACAAAAACCUUCUGAAGGCAGAAGUCUCGGGACUGUUGUCCAAUACUACAAUGAAGGAUUUUGUCACGGGCACCACGCAGAAAAUUACGAAGAAACACGUGUUGCUGAUGGACGAAGUCGACGGUAUGGCGGGUAACGAGGAUCGCGGUGGUUUGCAGGAAUUAGUCAACUUGAUCAAACACACCGACGUACCAAUUAUUUGCAUAUGCAAUGACCGGUUUAACACAAAGAUGAAAACCAUUGUCAAUUAUUGCUACGAUCUAAAAUUUCCGAAGCUCAGAGUGGAGCAGAUAAGAAGUUCUAUGAAAUCUCUGUGCUACAAAGAGAAGAUUGAAAUUUCGACGCAGGACCUCGAUCACUUGAUCGAAUCGACGAAUCACGAUAUACGACAAGUAAUAAAUCAUCUGGAGUUUCUCAGCAGUCAGACAUCGAACACGGAAACGAUCAACAAACCUUCGAAGAAGGACUUCAAACUCGGUCCGUUUGAUGUCGUGAAAAUGGCGUUUAACGCGGAGGAGCAGAAGAAAUUGGAUUUGAACAAUAAGAUCAGUCUAUAUUUCCACGACUACAAUAUAGCACCUCUUUUCAUAGAAGAGAAUUAUCUGAGUGUCAGAAUACCUCAAACGUCACCUCUUCAGAAGUUAGAGAAAAUUUCCAAGGCGGCCGACAGCAUAUCCCACGGGGAUCUCGUCGAGAAGGUGAUGAGAAGCAACAUGAUGUGGAGUUUGCUUCCGAUGCACGCGUGUUUCUCAUUCGUCAUUCCGGGUAACGAACUCGCGGGAAGUCUCGACGCGAUGGUGCGUUUUCCGAGUUGGUUCGGGCGAAACUCGAAAACAAUGAGAUUCAACAGAUUGCUGCAAGAGUUAACGACGCACACGCGAUUAACUACUGGUGCGAGCAAAGACGCCCUGAACAUGGAUUAUCUGACCCAUAUUCGAAAUGCCAUUGUAAAGCCCUUGAUAGAUAAAGGCACCGAUGGCAUAGAAAACGCGAUAGAUAUUAUGAAAAACUAUCAUUUAACGAGAGAGGAUUUAGAUUCAAUAAUAGAGAUUUCUCUCUGGCCAGGAGUUAGCGAUCCAACAAGUAAUCUUGAAAGUAAAGUAAAAGCGGCGUUUACGCGAGCGUAUCAGAAGAGCAUGCCGAUGUUGCCAUACGCGAUUAACAGUAACGUCACAGCUAAGAAAAGAUCUACGCCAGAAGAUGAUGAGGCUAUGGAAGAGGAAGAUAAUGAGGAAGAAAAUGACGAUAUUAAUUCUGACAGAAUGAUCAAGGCAAAAAAAAUCAAUACUGCUGCCAGUACCAGCAAAGCAUCGUCAAAAAGAAACGGUGAACCAACCAAGAAACGCGGACGAGGUCGAGCCAAAGAAAAAUAAAAGACAAUUACACACUGAGGAAAAAUAAAAGACAAUUACAUUAAAAUGGAAAAUUACACAUAUGUAUUUAGAAAAAUCCAUGAAUCGCACAAUAUUAAUACAGUAUGAAUACUCGUUCAUCAUUCGAUAAGUGAUGUUUUUACAUAGUCGAAAUAUUAUUUUUAUAUAUCACUUGGUAGAUUUAUUGCACGUAAAAAUGCAAUGAUAUAUACAAUA